UCUUUAUAAUUUGUAACUCAUCACUUCAGUGUUAAAAUGUAUAUGAUAAUACUCUCAAACGAUCAAACACUGUAAAUAAACAUGGUUAUGUUUAAGUUAACUUUGUGGAUAUUAUUUGGAUUGAUAUCUUCCAAUCGAUCAGCCCAGCAUUGUCCCCCACAAUGUGAAUGUCAAUACGAUUCGAUAGUGUGUGAAGAUAUUCCUUUCUCUGAUGUUCCCUUGCAUAUUGGAGUGACGACGGUCAAACUGACAAAUCUAAACCCGAGACGGCUGUUUCUGGAGGUAUUCAUGAGCAAUGCGCUAUGGGCAAACAUAAAAACACUGGACAUAGCAUGCGCAGGUAAACAUAAAGUAUUGAGCCGUGUUUUUAUGGGUUUACGAAAUCUCACAAAACUAUGUUUCCAUAGUGAGCAGUUACUUCACAUGGAGAACGACGUAUUCCAAGGACUAGAUUCUCUAAAAAUAUUGGAUUUCUCUGGACAAAAACACUUGUACCUGAAUAAACUACUGCCAAGCUUAGGAAACUCUGACCUAAUCUAUCUUGAAAAGGUAACACUGUCGUACAUACAAAAAACUCAAUCAGAACCUAUAGACCUUGAAACUGAUUUCUUCAGUAGCUUGAGCGGAAAUGGGAAGAGAAAUAUCAAGUAUCUUGAUAUAUCCAAUGUGAACAUUGGUAAAUUAGAUUUAGCUUCGAUUCGUAAUGAAAGUCUGUGCCGAUCAGUAGAAGAACUGAUUUUUCGGUAUAAUUAUUUUCAAAACUUUUACAAUGGUGUAUUACUUCCUACGUGUGAAAGUAUCAAGAUCUUGGACAUCAGCCAUUCAUCGCUCCCAGAUUUGUUUGACUAUCUUUUUAAACACAGAGACCAUUUUUGCCAUGCGAUGAGCUUCUUUUUCAAUAUAGAAGAGAUAUACAUUGAAUCCAUGGAAAUGUCUCUUUCUUUCAGAGAGAUAUCGGAACUUCAUUUUAAAGACUGUGGAUGGCGGCUACGAAAGGUGUCUUUAGCUAACAAUCGGUUAGAGUUCAUCAACAUUUCUAUUCCUGAUAUAAAUAAUAUCAUGAUAGAAAGUUUAAGCUGGAUUGAUGUAUCGGGGAACCAGAUUGAAUAUUUAUCUCCAGGAUUCUUUUCACCAUCAAUGAACCUAAAACACAUCAACCUCUCGAAAAACAACCUUGGACAAAUGCAGACGUUACAUAACCACGACUUUGAAACGUUUAUAUUAAAAAACAAUGAGCUUCGUUUCCUUAGCUUAGCUGGAAACAACAUUGACAUAUUGCCAUUGCUUACACUACGAAAUAAAAGCAAACUAGUAAAGCUGGACUUGUCAGACAACAGAUUGGUGGAUUUAAACUUCAAUGUAGAUGAUCUUAAGAGUUUACAUACACUUAAUAUAAGUAACAACAUGAUGGAGUCAUUAAGCAUAGUUUUAAUGCAUAAGUUUGAGAAAAUGUCAGCAGCAAACGGAUCUAUGCGUCAUCUUGAUAUAUCUGGUAACCCAUUUGUGUGCUCAUGUGAAGACGAUCAAAGGAAAUCGAUUGAAUGGAUCAGAAAACGAUUCGGAACAUUAAUCAAUGGUUAUUUUAACGCGUAUGCCUGUCUCCUAAAUGGGAAGAAAAUAUUCUUUCUUGGAGACGAGGACUAUGAAUCUGUGUUAAAAUAUUGCAAAGAACAAAAAGUGAAGGUCAUUAUUGCUAUAGUUCUUCCAUUAACUAUUGUUUUGGGUGGUGUAUUUGUUGUCACGUUUCUACUCGUAAGACGAAAAAGGAAGAGACAGUUGGAAAGACAAAACUUAAUUGACAGCAUUAAAAUGGGUCAAUUCCGAAAGAAGUAUCUUGUUUUCUUGUCCUAUUGUUCAGAGGAUGCCAUCUUAGUUGAAAGCAAAAUACGACCUAGGAUUAUAGAAGGUCUUCGGAAAUUGACACAAUAUAGUGGUGAGUUGGUGUGCUCAGGCGAUCUCAACUUUAGACCUGGAUUCCAAAUUGGGGAAGAAAUAAUAAGAUGUAUCGAGGACGCUGCCGUUACAAUAAUUGUGGUGUCUAAUUCAUUUUGCACUAAACAGUGGUGCAAAAGGGAGGUUCAGGAGUCCUACGAUCAGAACAACCCUAUGAUUAUUCUACUUGUUGAACAUGUGGAACCAAACGUGAUGGGUAAAGUUCUCAUGAAGUUGUUUAAGCGGUUUGCGCAUGCGUCAUGGAUUGCUGACGAUGAUGGAGGGCACAUUGAACCAGAUUGGCCUAUACUUUGCCAGUCAGUUAUUGAUCUUGCUACAUGAAGUAUCUACUAAAACUUGACCAGUCGUUGAGAUGUUUAUGUACCCAAGUGUAAACUUCAGCUGUGUUUUAACUAACGAAAGCAAACAAGUCCCACUUUCAGUAAUUCCGUUUAUCCUGUUAUUGUUCGGAAUGGUUUUAUUCAAAUUCUAGAUCCAAUUUGUUUUGAUAGAACGAUUUUCUAAGUAGAAUACCUACGUAUUAUGCCAUUUUAAUAUUUAUGCCGUUCGACGAAGAAUUAAUAGCUUUGAUUCGUUUUCUUUGACUAACACCACUUUGUGUCAACUUGAUUUUACCUUUAGUUUAAGAUUCACAAGGUGCUGGUAGUUAUGUCUGUUUUAGGAUCGGAUUUCUCAUUUUCUUCUUUUUUAUUAAAACUACUUCGCAUUUUUUUCAUGAUGGUCACCAUAUGACCUAAGAAAAGUAAAUGAUUUACUGACCACGACCUAACCAUAAAAAAUCGGCCCACCUCACAUUAUUUAAAUUCAUGGAGAAGACGAAUGAUGUUAGAACUUGUGUCCAACCCAUUUGCCUUUUGUAUACUCUAUAUCAUUGUUGUAAAUACCGAUCAUGUUGAAAGAAAAACAGGCAAUAAAAUAUGUUUAAAUCAAAUUUAAAUACUCUUUGUUUCAACAGCAUUUAAGCCGUAUUGUUUUCGCUCGCUCGAGACUAUUUAUUAUUUUUGUUAUAUUUUAAGUUUGUGUUUGUACUUGUUCGACGAUACAAUUUGUCUUGUGUUAUUUUUCUUUUUGUUUUAUGUUAACAUUCAGCAUAAAAAACAUACUUUGAAAUUAUUAGCUGUUUCAGCUAGGAUAUGUUUUAUACUCUUAUUAUUUGACACUUUUGAAAUAUUUCUAUACUAAAUAUGUCACCAUGAUUAUGUUUUAAUGGUCGUAUGCAUUUAUAUGCCGUUUAUAUCAUAAAGCUUUGCAUUUGGACUGAUGGAUGCGCUCAUAUGAUCGUUUAACCUUUGGAUAUCAAAAGUGAAAAAAACUGUCUUAAGUGAAAUAAAAUGAAUAUCUUGAUAAUAAAAAACAACAACAA